ACUGCUUCAACAGGGAGAACUGCGACACGCGCUACGACACCAUGCGGAGGCUGAUGAGCUCCAAGGAGUGGCCCGCGACCAGAGUGGGAACGGGGAUCCUGUCAUCGCAGCCGGAGGAGAACCCCCACUGGUGGAACGCCAACAUGGUGUAAGGAGAGACCGCUCGGGGAGAUGGGUUCUGCUGUCACAGCACCUCCUGCUUUGGGGUAGCCAGAAUGCUGCAGGGGCAGAAUGCUGCAGGGACAGAAUGCUGCAGGGACAGAAUGCUGCAGGGACAGAAUGCUGCAGGGACAGGUUAAGGCCAGCAGCCCUGGAGGAAAUUGCCCGUUUCCUCAUUCGUUGCCAUACACGUCUCUAACUGAAGCUGUGCUGGCCAGGACUGGAGAACCCCAAGUCCACCCUGCGAGGAGCUGUGGGGUGAUGGAGAAGGACUGGGGGUAACUGAGAGCCUUCUCAAAUAGAUGAGGUGGCAAAUCCCAUGGCACGUUGUAUGUCCGCCAGCUUGGGGGGAACACAGAGUCACUCUUUUAGUUCAAAGAAGAGAAAUGAGAAAGAUCCGUUUAUACACGUCUGCGUAGGAGGGAAAAGCAGAGGGAUGUGAACAUGCCUCCUGCAAGCUGUAGGCAAAUUGGGAAGGUAAAAUCAUUUCCUCACGGCCCCUCUGCGGCUGCACUCAGCAUUGCCCGGCAGUGUUGGUGUCUUCCCAACGUAGGUGUGACAGAGCUGAAGCACAGAGUUCCCCUGUGCAGCCACCACCGUGUCAGUGGGAGCUGAGGGCAACAUCACAGCCCUCUGCCCUGCCCACCAAGCGCAGCGCUUCAGUUAGAUCGAGACAAGUCGCGUUAUUUGUUGAUUUAUCUCGGUAAAGCCACCAGUGCUAGGAGGAAAUUGCAAGGCUCGGGUCUAACUGUGGCUCGGUGUGCAGGAAGAUUCAUCCCGUAUUGCUCAAGUGAUGUUUGGAGCGGUGCCUCUUCCAAGUCUGAGAAAAAUGAAUACGCCUUCAUGGGAGCGCUGAUCAUCCAGGAGGUCAUCAAGGAGCUCGUGGGAAAAGGUCUUAGCACUGCAAAAGUGCUGCUGCUGGCAGGGAGCAGCGCUGGAGGAACAGGAGUGCUCCUGAACGUGGAUCGCGUGGCGGAGCAGCUGGAGGAGAUGGGCUACCAAGGGAUUCAGGUUCGCGGCUUAGCAGACUCCGGGUGGUUCCUGGAUAAUAAGCAGUAUCGCAGGACUGACUGUAUCGAUACCAUAACGUGUGCUCCAACAGAAGCCAUCAGAAGAGGAAUAAGGUAUUGGAAUGGUAUUGUUCCUGAACGCUGCAAGCUGCAGUUUAAAGAGGGAGAAGAAUGGAAUUGCUUUUUUGGGUAUAAGAUUUACCCCACUCUCCGAUGUCCAGUCUUUGUUGUCCAGUGGCUGUUUGAUGAGGCCCAGCUUACUGUAGACAAUGUGCACCUCACUGGCCAGCCUGUUCAGGAGGGGCAGUGGCUCUACAUCCAGAAUCUGGGUAGGGAGCUGAGGAACACCUUGAAGGACGUGACUGCUAGCUUUGCUCCUGCCUGUUUGUCUCAUGAGAUCAUUACACGCAACCAUUGGACAGACAUCCAGGUGAAGGGGACAUCGUUACCCCGCGCCCUGCACUGUUGGGAUCGGAGCCUACACGAGAGCAACAAAAAUGGGAAGGCCCCUCUGAAGGGUUGCCCAAUUCAUCUGAUUGACAGCUGUCCAUGGCCUCACUGCAACCCCUCGUGCCCCACUAUCAGGGACCAGUUCACAGGGCAGGAGAUGAACGUGAUCCAGUUCCUCAUGCACAUGGGUUUUGAUGUUCAGAAGAUGGCACAGCAGCAGGGCCUGGAGCCCAGUAAACUUCUGGGGAUGCUCAGCAGUGGUAAUUAGGAAGGGAUCUUCUGAGGGCAGAGAGAUUAGAUCAGGAGGAGACUUGGAGCCCUUCUCCCACACUUUCUCAUCUUCCUUACGCUCAUGCAGGCCGGUGCGCGCUCAUCCCCGUGCGGGCUGAAACCUGCACACCCCCACAUGCACCCACACUCUUGCACACUUAGGAUGUGUCAAGGAAAGAAAAAAAAAAAAAGCAAUUUCUUGCUUACACUGUUUGACUGGAACUUGUUACCUCCAAACUCCAGGGCUCAGUCUUGGCCAUUCACAUCCUCUUCUGUGUUACACCAGGCAAUCUGACACAGGGAGUAGAGGAGCCAGAAAUAGCGCAAUGAGAACCUUCCCCAGAUCUAGGACUUCCUCCCAUGAAUUUGUGCCAUGAAUUUGACAUCAUAGACUCGUACAAGUGGUGAAAGAAGCAAGCACUGGAUUUCUUUUGUCCAACUAGAAGUGAAGAAAUGAUUACGUGACUUCCUGGAGGCCAGCAUCUCAUCAUGUAUCGCAGUGUGCAAACCAAGGACACGUGCUAGGGAUGGACACUCUUGUAAUCAACUUACUUUCGUCUUAUUUUAUAAAAUGACUUUUUUAUUACUUUUUUUUAAAACUAAGCAAGAAAUAUAAAUGAUAUUGUUUUGUAACAUAUUUUUUUUAAAUAACGAAGAAACCUCUUGCUACUUUGGCAAUGUGGACAUAUUUAUUUUAAUAUGUAAAAUGCUAUUUAUAAGAGCUGACCAGAGAACCAUUCAUAUGUCUUUGUAAAGUUGUAUAUGCUGCUCAUUUGGAUGGGAUUUCCUUAUGAUCUCUUGGCUGAGAGUGGUGUUGACAUUUUAUAAUAAUGAGACUCUGGUGUUCCCCUUGCAGCAUGCUUUGUCAUUCUCUCUAAAGAAGAGAUUGUAGUAUAUGAAGAUGGAGAUUUUCGCCCAGCAUCUGCUGCUUGCAUCCUUGCACGGCAUUUUUCAGCUUGAGGAUUGUGAUGUGUCAGGUAUUCCAGGGCAUUGCAUUUUAAGUGCGUUUUAAAAUCUGUUUUUUACAGUAGUUAAGAAACGUUUGAUUCAAGCAGGCCUGUCUUAAAAGGCAAAGCUUUUCCGACAUAAAAGAGAGCACAAGACAAGAAACAACAUAUUUCCAUUCCUCUCAUCGUUUGCGAACACACCCUCCUCUUUGAAAGAGAACAGGGGAGGGAUCAGAAGUGUGGCUGAAGCUGGAGACAGCAAGAGGCUGUUCCUUGGAGCAGAAAGCUUGCACAAAAGCUUCACUACAGCGCGCUGCAGCAGUGCAGGCAAACCUGUGCACAGAGCACAACUUACAUCCUUUCUGCAGAGGUUCUUAACGCCUCCUUUGCGUUGACUUGCACUGUGGUAAUGGUUACGCAGUGCAUAAGUGACAGAACAUUAGGGCCUAACAUUAGAAAAGUUCCAUGCGCUUUCAAGAGAGAGCUUACCAGGUUAAAAGGGCAGCGCUGUCUGUAAGAUCCCAACCGUUCUGUUCCUUUCUAUGGACUGCAGCAAACACUCAGGCAGCACCACGCUGGGAAUCAGUUCUGCUGUGCGAGAUGGGGCUUAGGACACAGCUCAGAUGAAGUGGUAAGGAGAAAAUGAACGGUGCUCCCAGCAGAACUGAAAUGCAAGGAAGCUGUCAGUGGAGUUUCCAUAUUGUUUGUGUAGGAAUUACUAAUAUCUUGCAUGUUUUGAUAGCUGCUGUAACAGUAACGUUGUUCUGACUACACUUUUCAUGCCGCUAAGCUGAGAGGCUUCUUCGAUGCAGGGAACAUUUGAAAGCAUCCAGAAAGGUGGGAUUCCUUCAAGGGCCAGCGUUGCUUAGGGUCGAUCAAUGCAGAGCGCUGGUACCUGAGCAGCAGCCAGAAUUGCUGCCAUGCACUUGUUCUUGUGUUGGGAGCAUCGAGGGAAACUGCUGCAUCUGUCAGUUGUUCUCCGAAUGAUCGUGCACAGGGUGAUGCAUUUUGAUGGCAAGUGCCCUGGUCUGCGUCCAGCGAAGUUUCCGCCAGGAAAUGUAUAAAUGCCACAGUUCAAGUUUGCAAUAUUUUCCACAGAGCUGGUUGCCUGUAUUUCUAAAACAUUAAUUCAAAGGCUGAUUUCUAAAAGGCAAGGAAUGUUCAGAGGGGUUAUAUGACAUCUAUUUUUUUUUCUUGCAAACAGAGGAAAAAAUUCCCUGGAAGUCGGCAAUCUCUCAUUUAGCUUAGUGUGGCUCUGCAACAGUCUUUUGAAAGGUAUAACAGAGCAGAAGCCCUCAGAAAUAUAAUUAUGGGAGGAAUUUGGCUAAUUUAUUAGAAAAAUUAUAUGAUGUGGUUGCCAGCAGUAGCUGGUAACUGGAAUCUGUAACCCAGGGGGUCAUUUCCAGUUCUAUAUUUCUUCUGGUACUUGUGCAAUAAAUAUAAUUUUCCCAA